UUGCGGUCUUCUUCGCCGGCCUCUCUCUCCCCCUUCCCUUCUCCUUCCGCUGACCUCGCUCGCACCCUCUCUCUCUCUCUUUCUUCCUCUUCCUCUCCACGCAUAUCUCAUUCUCUGUCUUCUUCAUCAAGCAACGGAAGACCCGAAAAUUGAAUCCCCCGCCAUUGCCUGCCGUCCGUGCUAUUUAGAUUCCCCAUUAGCUCGCAAUGGAGCCCGAAGAAUCGAACAGCCAUACUUGAGCUCCUAAACGGGGUGAAGAAGCUUUUGUCAGUGCAGACGCUUAAGCAGAUCGGAGCAGAGCUGAGAAAUGGUGCUGCCGCUGCUGAAGCUCGGGACCCUCGCCCUCAAGACCCUCAGCAAGCCCGUCGCUAGCCGCCUCAAGCAGCAGGCCGCCAUCCACCCUCGGUUCCGGGCGUUCAUCGUCGGCAUCGCCCAGGCAAAUCACCGAAUGACAACAACGAUGCAAAGACGGCUAUAUGGCCAUGCAACUGAUGUUGAGAUUCGGCCCUUAAAUGAAGAGAAAGCUGUACAGGCUGCUGUAGACCUCAUUGGGGAGGUCUUUGUCUUCACGGUUGCUGGAGCUCUCUUGAUAUUCGAGGUGCAAAGAAACGCUCGAUCAGAAGCUAAAAAAGAGGAAAAGCGCAGGCAAGAAAUGGAGGAAAUGAGACAAAGAGAUGAAGAUCUAGCUCGAGAAGUCGAACUUCUUCGGCACAAACUUGAAGAGCUGGAGGAGAUUGCCAAGAAUCGAGGACUGAGCGGCAUUUUCAAGUUCAAACACGCCGACACGGAAAAUGCAAAAUUAGCAAAACCAGUCUGAUUGAGCGCGAAACGCACCAAAUCAUCAAUUGUCAUUGGUACAAAAAAUUGUUUCUAAUUUAUUUUAGCCUUCCCCGUCAGAAGGAAAAGUGUCUUGAUCUUCUCCGAUUCUUUCAUUUUUGAUUGGAUUCGCUGAUCAUGUUGUGGCACAGUUCAGGAAUAACAAUUGUACCAGAUGGGAUCUUUGUUAGAAUUAUUCUCCUCCCAUCUAAGUAAUUCGUGUCGGGACUGACUGAUGGAUCCAAUGGAAUUGAGUUUCACUGCUUCUGAA